GUGACCACCAGCCAGCCAGGCAGCAGGCAGCUCUCAACCGCAGGAAAGCCGUUGGCUGAAUAAGAGGUAUCUCCAUCACCAUGAGCUUCGGGUCUGGCGGGUUCUGAGGCUCAUAAGAACAGAGCGUCACCCGUCAUUCGCUGGAAAUCCAGUGCUCCGAAGCGCAGUCAACUGCAGGACUGAAAUGUACUGAAAUCGGACCGCAGCAGGGGACCACCUGUCUGCGAAUCUGCCGCGGAGAGAGCUUGACCUAAAGCUCCGCUUGGAGAGGAUCCGGAGGGGAGCUCUGAGCCGCCACCGCCACCUCAGCAGCCGCGAGCCGCCAUCGCCUUGGGUUUCUCUAUCCGUCACCACUAUGGCUGAGGAAGAGUCUGCCUCCACCAAGUCUUACACCGAAGAUGAUUUCUACUGUCCGAUAUGCCAAGAAGUCUUCAAAACGCCAGUUCGGGUCGCAGCCUGUCAGCAUGUUUUUUGCAGAAAAUGUUUCCUGACUGCAAUGAAGGAAAGCCGGCUCCACUGCCCCCUGUGCCGUGGAGAUGUGACUAGAAGGGAACGAGCUUGUCCAGAGAGAGCUCUAGACCUCGAAACCAUCAUGAGAAGUUUUCCUGGUAACUGCCGAUGCUGUUCCCAACGCGUUGAACUCUAUCGCAUGAGGCAGCACUACAAAACUUGCGAAAAGUACCAGGAUGAGUUUGGAGUUUCUACAUCUGUUUCAAGCUUCCAACCGUCUCCAAACUCCGUGGGCAACAGUAACAACGAGGCACCCGCCUCAGAGAAUGCCGAGGCUUUUCAAGAAGAAGAAGAAGACAACGGGAACCCACCUGACGAGCCCACCUUCGAUUGUCCUCUGUGUGAAGAAGUGAACAUGAGCAGACAACGUUUGCUGGAUCAUUGCAACAGCAGCCACCGAGGUCACGUUGUUUCAGUCAUUUGCCCGAUCUGCCUAUCUCUUCCAUGGGGCGACCCUACUCAACUCACCAGAAAUUUUGUUAGCCAUCUUAACCAGAGGCAUCAGUUUGAUUACGGAGAUUUCGUGAAUCUUCAGCUGGAUGAGGAAACCCAGUAUCAGAUUGCCAUUGAAGAGUCCUUUCAUGUCAACAUGUAGAGAGACUGUUCUCAUUUCUACAAUUGCUCCUAAGGGACAAUUCAUCCCUUCAUAACUUCGUGUUUUAAAUAAAAGUGAUCAGUCUGA